AUGAACCGAACGUUGUUCGCCAUCCUCUUGGCAAGUGUUACGCUUAUCACCUUGACCAAACAACAGAACUCGACGGUGUCCGAAGCUUUCAUAAGCUAUCACAUCGUUCCGGACAUUAUCAGUCAACCCCCCUACAACCUGGUAAAAGUAUCGUAUCCAUUGUCGGGCAUGGAAGUCAACCUCGGUAACGAGCUAACGCCGACGCAGGUCAAAAACCAACCCAUCGUAAGCUGGGAUACGGAACCGGGUGCGCUGUACACGCUGACCAUGACCGAUCCGGAUUCACCGUCCCCAGCGAAUCCCACGAAACGCGAAUACAGGCACUGGGUGGUGAUCAAUGUGCCUGGAGUGGAUGUGGCCGCUGGGGAGGCCGUUGUUGAGUACCUGGGUUCAGCGCCCCCGGAGAAUACGGGCUUUCAUCGGUACGUGUUCUUGUUGUACAAGCAGGGCGGAGGGAGGAUUGAGUGGUGUGACAAAAAGUUAAGCAAUCGCAACCCGAACCGCGGAAACUUCAACUCCACUAAAUUUGCCGAAAAAUAUUGCCUAGGUAAACCGAUUGCCGGAAACUUCUUCCUGGCUCAAUACGAUGACUACGUUCCACAGGUGCAAGCAUCGCUCACGGACACGGAAUAACGAUGGAUUGAUUGUCCUAUCUCUAUCACAACCUAGCGCUCAGCAAACAGAUAGGCACCCGGUGCAUUCCAUACACAAACACUAUAAUAAUGUUGCCGUCUAG